CCAACCGAGACCACAUAGGAGGGGCUCCAGACGAAGAACAAGAAAGACAACUGAAGAAGAUAAUGAUGAGAAAUAAAGAGGAAAAAGAAGCAAAGAAAGAAGCAUUUAGGAAGUACCUUGAGUCCAGUGGAGUUCUUGAUGCUCUCAUCAAAGUUUUGGUUGCAUUGUAUGAACAAAAUGAAAAGCCAUCCUCAGCCCUUGAGUUUGUUCAACAAAAAUUAGGUGGUCCAACUGUGUCUGAAUAUGAAAAGCUACAAUCUGAGAUAUCCGAUUUGCAAACAAAAUAUAACGAGCUCUUGAUCAAGCAUGAAGAGAUCUGCAAUGAGUUAGAGGAACUUAAGAAUCUGAACACUUCCCCAUCUAGAAAAGAUGCUAGUACUGAUGGAGAGGUGCUGAAGGAUGAGGUCUGAUCUGAGCAUACGAAGAAGAACUCAUGUUCUGUUACAAGAAUGUUGAAUGUUGUCCAUAGGAACCAGUUCUUCUAGGUGUUGUACACUUUAUGUUAGUAAUGUACAAGGUUAAUGACUCAUUGACUCUAUCUAUUUGUUGUGUUAAUGUCAGUAAAAUAUUAGUUGAUUCCAACUUCUGUUGUAUUUUGGAUGAUGGUUUUUCAAGGGAUGAGGACAUUUAUGGAAAGGCCUAAUUGUUGAUCGGAUCAACCUCUGGCUAACUUUGGUGGCGAACUGCCAUGUCUGGUGCCUACCGGUCACCGGCACUGACCAGUGAUCAGUGUUUAAGAAGGAAGGUAAAGGAUAAGGAAAGGGAAUGGAAAGAGGAGAAAAAAAAAAAAGAAAUUGGUUAGGGACUCAAUUAUAAUACAAUAAAAGG